UUGCUUUUCCGGGAUGCCGGGCACGAGAUGUUUGCUGUGGGGGAUUAUUCUCUGCAGACGCAGCCCCACGAAGCUCUCCGCCCCACCCAGCCGCGUUUCUGCGAGAACAGUCCUGAAAUACAGACCUACUUAUGUCUCAGGCGCCUAGGACUCGACCUAACUUGUACAUAAUACUUGAUGAUGGGCUGAAUUUUCUUUGAACAGUGUAUUUCUCUCCUAUUAAAUUCGAGGUAUUUUGACCAUAGAAUCAGACGAUUUUAUUUUUGUGUGUUGGCUUUUCCAUGUACAUUUGUUGGAGUAAACUAUAUUAUACCAACAAAUUCAAUUUCAAGUUAAAUUCAUUGACCAAUUUUUUUUACUGAAGAAAACUUUCUAUGCGUUCUUUUCUCGGACAGAAAUUAGAAUUUUGAAAGAGUAAUAUUUUACUGUUUGUUGAUAAGUUUUUCUUUUUCUGAUUGUACAUCAUGUACUUGAUUCAAUAUUAUUUUAUAAUUCCAGUCUAACUCAAGAUGAAGUAUUUUAAUGGAACUAAGAAAGGUUAUUGUGAAAACUUCAUUGUUUAUUUAUGUUCCUUCCCCACAUCUCCUGAAAACUAUCCCAGACAAGAUCAGGAAGUAGGAGAAAGUAAGAAACACAGUACCUACAGAAUAUUGGUCAUACAGACCCAGGAUCCAUAAGACUUUAUCACCUUGAAUCAAGGAUUUAUUUGGUAUCAUCCUCAUUCUUCAUUCAUACCAAGUAAAAUUUUUUUGUUUAGAAAAAAAAGAACUAACAGUUGCUAAAAGAGUUUUUAAAAAUAAUACUUCCUGUACUUUCCAAUGCCUAAGAAUAGCAAGGUGGUAAAAAGAGAAUUAGACGAUGAGGUUAUUGAGUCUGUCAAAGACCUUCUUUCCAAUGAAGACUCAGCUGAUGAUGCUUUUAAAAAGAGUGAACUAAUUGUUAAUAUCCAAGAAGAGAAAGAUACAGAUAUUGAAGAAGAAUCUGAAAUCGAAGAUGAAAGACCAGCUUGGAACAGUAAACUACAAUACAUCCUGGCCCAGGUUGGAUUUUCUGUAGGUUUAGGGAAUGUGUGGCGAUUCCCAUACCUAUGCCAGAAGAAUGGGGGUGGUGCAUAUCUUUUACCAUAUUUAAUACUACUUCUGGUAAUAGGUAUUCCCCUUUUUUUCCUGGAACUUUCUGUGGGUCAAAGAAUUCGGCGAGGCAGCAUUGGUGUAUGGAAUUACAUAAGCCCUAAACUGGGCGGGAUUGGAUUUGCAAGUUGUGUAGUGUGUUUUUUUGUGGCUCUCUACUACAACGUCAUCAUUGGCUGGAGUUUGUUUUAUUUUUCUCAGUCUUUUCAGCAACCUCUACCUUGGGAUCAGUGUCCUCUGGUGAAAAAUGCUUCACAUACUUUUGUAGAGCCAGAAUGCGAAAAAAGUUCUGCCACCACCUAUUACUGGUACAGAGAAGCACUGAAUAUUUCCAGUUCCAUUUCUGAAAGUGGAGGCUUAAACUGGAAGAUGACCAUCUGCUUGCUGGCUGCCUGGGUCAUGGUUUGCUUGGCUAUGAUCAAAGGCAUUCAGUCUUCUGGAAAAAUUAUGUAUUUUAGUUCUCUGUUCCCAUACGUGGUACUUAUAUGCUUCCUAAUCAGAGUACUCCUUUUAAAUGGUUCAAUUGAUGGCAUCCGCCACAUGUUCACCCCGAAGCUUGAAAUAAUGCUGGAGGCCAAGGUUUGGAGAGAAGCUGCUACUCAGGUGUUCUUUGCCUUAGGUCUGGGAUUUGGUGGCGUCAUUGCCUUUUCAAGCUACAACAAAAGAGACAACAACUGCCACUUUGAUGCUGUCUUGGUGUCCUUCAUCAAUUUUUUCACUUCUGUCCUGGCAACAUUGGUGGUGUUUGCAGUUCUGGGAUUCAAAGCAAAUGUCAUAAAUGAGAAAUGCAUUGCACAAAACUCAGAAAUGAUCAUAAAAUUUUUAAAAAUGGGAAACAUUAGUCAGGACAUUAUUCCCCAUCAUAUCAACCUUUCAGCUGUUACUGAAGAAGAUUAUCAUUUAGUUUAUGACAUAAUCCAAAAAGUGAAAGAAGAAGAGUUUCCUGUUCUUCAUCUCAAUUCCUGUCAAAUUGGAGAUGAGCUAAAUAAAGCUGUUCAGGGGACUGGUUUAGCUUUUAUUGCCUUUACAGAAGCGAUGACACAUUUCCCUGCAUCUCCCUUCUGGUCAGUGAUGUUUUUCCUCAUGCUGGUAAAUCUAGGCCUUGGCAGCAUGUUUGGAACCAUUGAAGGGAUCAUCACGCCUGUUGUGGACACUUUCAAAGUGAGGAAAGAAAUUCUUACUGUUAUUUGUUGUCUUCUGGCAUUUAGUAUUGGCCUGAUAUUUGUGCAGCGUUCUGGAAAUUACUUUGUUACAAUGUUUGACGAUUAUUCUGCUACAUUGCCUCUGCUAAUUGUAGUCAUUUUGGAAAAUAUUGCUGUAUGCUUUGUUUAUGGCAUAGAUAAGUUUAUGGAAGACCUAAGAGAUAUGUUAGGUUUUGCUCCCAGCAGAUAUUACUACUAUAUAUGGAAAUACAUUUCUCCUUUAAUGCUAUUAUCAUUGCUAAUAGCGAGUGUGGUGAAUAUGGGAAUAAGUCCUCCUGGCUAUAAUGCAUGGAUUGAAGAUAAGGCAUCUGAAGAAUUUCUGAGCUAUCCAACGUGGGGAAUGGUUGUCUGUAUCGCUCUGAUGGUCCUUGCAAUACUCCCUGUCCCAGUAGUCUUCAUUGUUCGUCGCUGCAACCUCAUAGAUGACAGCUCUGACGAGCCAAUAUAUAAUGAUGCUCCAUUUGAAAUGAGGACAACUACAACUCCGACUUUGGUUUAUAAAUUUCCUUUAAGAAACCAGGGUUCCUUGAAGAAGUGGCUGACUCCAGGACUUGGACAGGAAAAAUAUUGGAUGAGCUCAUAACAACUUAUUGGGCUGGAAGUAAGGAAAUGCCCAGAGAAUGAUAGAGAUGUGUUAAAGGGAUACAGCAACAGCUUUGAAUGGGCUUCCACUGACCACAUAUGGGAGAAUUUGAGCAAGAAAAUAAAUAAUGAUAGUAACAAUUAUAUAACUUUGAAUAAAAAAGAAAUCCAAAAUCUAUACAGAUAUACAUAGAUAAAUAACUAUAUAUUAAAUGGAAGGGAGGGCAAGUUGUCCUUACAUAGAAUACUAAUUAAUGGGUGUAAAAGGAAUGGUGAAAUUGGAAAAUCAGCAUUUGAUAACCAUAAUAGUAAUAAUUAAUUCAUGCGUGAAUCAUAAAUGGAUAGAAAAAUUGAUGGGUGAAAUUUUGAUGAGGAACAGGAUGUUUACAGAGUGUCAAAGCAUAUUCUACAAAAUACCUAUAUAUUACUUAAAAAUACUUUAAAAUACUUUAAAAUACUUAUGAAUUAAUACAUACAUACAUUAAUUAAUUCUACACUGGAGAAACCGGGCACUAUCUUAACCAAAUGAUAAAAGUUGACACUGCCAGUAAUGUAACAAUUAGCCAUCCUGUACUUUCUGAUACAAUGUAAUGAGAAGAACACAAAUCAAUAUAGAACAUUUUAUAAAGUAACUGGCCUGUACUCUUCAAUCUUGUCAUGAAAGAUAUGAGAUACAUAAGGGCCUGAGAAAUAGUUUCAGAUUCUAAAAGACUAAUGAGACAUGGCAAUUAAAUGUAUCGUAUAGUCCUGGACUGGAUUCUAUUCCUUUAAAGUAUAUUGUUGGGACCAUUGUGAGAUUUGAAAUAUUUGAAUAGGGUUUAUGAAUUAGAUAAUAAUAUUUAAUCACUAUUAUUUUUUUUAGUCCAAAGGUUUUAUUGGGGUUUCAGUGAUUGAGUAUAUCACUGGUCACCUGAUUGAACUCAGUCUCCAGGCUCUCUUUCCAGAGGUUGAGCAGCUGAAAGUCCCAACUCUCUAAUCAUGUGUUUGAUCUUCCUGGUAGCCAUGGCCAGCCCCCAUCAUGAAGGGAUUAUUUGAUUAAUGGUAAUUUCACAAUUGUGAUUGUUUUACUUUGGUUAUGAAUGAGAGUAUCCUAAUCUAGAAAAAGUGUCUAUGGAAGUUCUUAAUGCUAUCUGGUAACAUUUAUGUAAAUUUGAAAUUAUUACAUAAUACAAAAGUUUUUCAAAAAGGCACAAAAGAAGUAUUUACCAGGUAAAAAGAACAACAGAUGCCAAGGUACUAAAGCACAGGAGGGAAGGAGAUGUAGAGGGCAGAGUGGCUGCAUUGUAUUAAGGAGAAGGGUAUAAUAUUAUGAGAUAAGGCUUGAGAGAUAAGCAGCAGCCGUAUCUUGCAGGGCUCCCCUGGACAAAGGUAUUUGGAAUUUUUAAUAAAAGAAAAUGAAGCCCUGAAAGUUUUAAAACAAGUGAUUCAGGUGAUCCUAAUUUUGUUUUCAAAACUAUACUUUGUAUGCCGAGUAUAAAUUGGAUUUGUGUUGGUGGAAAUGGGGAGAAGUAUAAAAGGAAGAGUGAGGAGGUAAGUCCAUAAAAGAUGAGACUAGUUUAGCUAGUGUGACCAUAGUGUAGAUGGAAAGUGAAUCUUUUAUGAGAAAAUUAUGCAUCCUGUACCUUGAAGCAUUUUUAAGUGCUAAUAUAAGUUAGCAGUAUGUUUACUGCUAUUAUUCUAUCAUAUUUUAGGUAAUUUAAUAACAAUUCUAUAAAGGUUCAGAAUGCCCAUUCCUUCGUUGCUGCCCAAUGGUUCACAGAACUACAAUAUUGCAGCAUUAAUUUUAGAUGUGAUCGCUAGAUUCCUAAAACAAUACUGUUUUCAAGUAUUUUUUGGCAAAUGUUUACCUGACCCAUCCCUAAGGAUCCCUAGGACUAGGAAAUUUUUGUAUUGAUUUCAAAGAAAAAAUCAACAUAUAUUGAUCUUUUCUGCCUUCUUUUUGCUUAUUCCUCCACCUUAUUCAUAUCACUUAUAAGAAAAAAGUAUGGGACAGAAUGGUGUGUCAUGCAUAGGUAAUCACAGAUAAACAUGAUACAGGAAAGAGAUAUAAACAGAAAACUAGAAGCUUUCCAAACCAUUGCAAGACAUGAGAAAAAGUUACUUUAAGGAAAUUGAGAAAUGAAAGUAGAGCAGGGAGUUUGUCACCAGUGACCUCAGCUGCCUGCAGUACCAAUGUGGGUCAUUUUCAAAAGGACUCCUGAAAACCUCAGGAAACCUCCACUAAUGAUCUCAAGCCACAGAACACUGAAGUGGAUACUUCUCAGAAGGAAUCCCUGUGGUUGCCCCAAAAUACCCUUCAUUUAUUGCUUUCCUGCUGUUGCCCACACACCUGCCCAUAUCUGUGACAGAAUUCCCCUUUUCUCCCACCUCCCAAACUUACAAGUGUGUUUGCCACUCCCUUACUGGCAACGGAUUCUGGUAAUGUGUCUUUUAGCUUGUUUCCCCUGCAGUUUUUGGGAGGGCUUUGACAGUAAGGGCUGAUGCUGAGAAUCAGUAAACAAUGUAUACUACAUGAGGAUUUGUGUUAUUCUUCCUUUAAUCUCAGUAUCCGAAUUAACAAUUUAUUAUUAUUCUGCACCUGCUAUUCAAGUCAGUUGAAGAUGAAUGUUUUAUCUUUAGUUUUCCAAAAUCCCUCAUAUGAAUAAAAUGAAAAGCAAAGUGAGGAACUUGGGAAUCUCUAAUCAGGAUUACUCAGAAGAUUUUUAUCAGGAUGGCAAAGUUCAUUUAGUCACUUUUUGGUUAUAUUUUGACAUACAUAUAUUGGGAAAUAAACAAUGGGAAUUGCAAAACUAAAGUCAUUAAUGUAGUUGAUAAUUUAAUUCAGAAAGUACCACUUGGUUUAAUGACAAUUUAGAUAAUUAUCUGGGUAGACAAAUUUUAUUCUGUUGCCAAAUAUUCAUUGAGCAGUUAAAUGUGUCAAAAACACUAUUCGGUGUUGGGGACACAAAAAUUACAGUCAAUGAUCUUUACCUAUUAUGCAUUCCAUAUGCCCUUUGCUUUCUGUUAGGGUCUUAGCUGGUUGAAAGUUUUUACUUGGUAGUGAUUUCAACUUUCAUUUCUGAAAGGUCUGAAUCAGAUGUGGACCUGCCCCAUCUGUCUGUUUGUAUUUUGGUUUGUCUAUUUGUUCUUCGUUUUGCUGUAAUUUUUCAUUAAUUUUACCAAUUGGAAUGGAAAAAUGAGAGAAGCCCCUAGAGAAUCCCAUAGGUUUCAAGCACAAGUCUUUCUUGUCCCACUGUUAGCAGCACCCCCAGUUUAUCCUUGUUGAUAGGAUUCAUUGCCUUAGCUGGUAUACUCUCCUCUUUGCAUCUUAUUUCCAUGGAAUUAGGAGUGCAAAAUGGCCAAAUGCAAAAUGGGAAGGUGCAUUUAACUUCCAAGACUAUGAAAGAAGAGACAUGCUAGAGUAGGCUCAUAUGGAUUUCCCAGAAUCACUGAUGUGCAUUAUUUCCCAACUCCGUAUUCAGUGACAUCACUUUGGGAGCUUGAAAUCAGCCUUUGUGGGAGUAUUUGCAUCAUAUAAAUCAGCAAAUUCUACAAAUCAGGGCCUGAUAUCAGCUAUGGCUUCAUGACUGGUUACAAACACAAGUAUUAUAGCAGCUAAGCCAGCAUUCCUCCUAGCAUGUUGUAAUGUAAUGUGUGUAUGUGCCAAUUACUUUGUCCUUCAUUCUUACCUUUAUUAUUUUAUUAAGGAUUUUCAUGAGUGCUCAACUUUAUAAAUUAGUCUUUCCAUUACAGAAUUCUUAGGUGAGGACUAAUGAAGAGUAUCUGGGGAUGGAAUCUAAGACUGACUGAAUUUUGUGUCUGCCCAUUUUAGGGAAUAAAUGAGAACAUCUUCAUGUGUAUAAAUGAUAACCAAAUACUUUUAGGCAAAAGGAUAAAAUAGUUAUUAUUGUUAUAUGAGUAUUCUCAUAUAUGGAUAAAGGUGUAUAUAGGAGAUGAGUAGCAGAAGGGAUUCAUUGUGCUGGUAAUUUAUUUUAUCUCAUCUCUAAACCCAAACUUCUGUUCUCUGUUCUGUGAUGCUAGUGAUAUUCCUGACAGUGUUGCCCUGAUGAUAGUUCCCUUCCCAAAGCGGUCUCAUUAUAUCCCCUUAGAGCUUCCAACUGGAUAGAAUACUUUCUUUAGAGAUCUGGGUCCCAUCUUUGCAAAGCACUGGAUUUGAGCUUCUGAAGUACCAGCACCAGGCAAGCAGCAUCUUCCAUUGCAAGGCCUAGCUCCUAGCUCAGCUGAGCUCACCUAGAGCUCCUCCUCCAGGCUCCUAAAACAUCACCACCAGUUGGCCUGCUCCCUUUCUAAGAAGACUGAAUCUUAGCUCUACAGGGCUCCUCUUCUAAACUUCUAAGUUCUAAUACUUUCAACCUCUUCCCUUUUCCCCUGACCUUAAGAAUGUGGCCACUUCCUCCCUUUACGUUCUUUGUGAUACCUUUUUUGUAUCGAGCCCACCAAUACUUCUUAAAGCAAUUACGUAUAUUAGAUUUUCUCUGUUAAAGUAGCUAGUGUGGUUUCUGGCUUUUUUUUUUUUUUUUAACUAGACCUUUAUAAACAUACUCACUAUCACCCAACCAACAUACCUCUAGAAAAAUGUCGGACAUAAGAAGUUGAAAAUCGUUUAUUUCCUUCAUCAUCUUUUCACUGCUGCAAAAUGGAAGAUCCAGGUAUUACUUCUACAUAUUAUGCAUUUUUCUGUUUCACAAGCUUAUAACGUGCUCAUAGAAAUCUUAGGUGAUGACCAGAGUCAGUAGUGAUUUAAAAAAAAAGGACAAGAAAGAUAUCUGUGAUAGCAUAAACUGCUUAACAUAAUGGGACUGGAUGGAAUAGAGAAGAAAUAUUAUUAUGGAAGGGAGAAAUUGGAGAAGCAGAUGAUUAAAGCAAGGAGAUGAAGAGAUGGAAUUGACAAAAAGAAUAUUAAACAAAAACAGCAUUCCUAGAUUUUUUGAAAUAAUUCCAAAACAAUUUUGAAGAAAAAUAUGAAAUGAGUUUUAAAAAAUAUUUUCCUAUUCUACCAUAUGUUAGAACUUUCACUUGAUAAAGAAAAGACCUCUUAAGACAAAAUGGAGGAAGAACAUACUAUCAGGAUUAAAGCCAAUCCUUCCCAAGAAGAGACAGCUGGCAACUUACUACUAAAUAAAACCACAUACAAACAUUCCUUAAAAAUCAUUCUCUACUACUAUAUUUGGGAAAGGAAGUUGUUAUGUCUUCAAUUAACCAGAUCAGUUGGAAGAUUUUUUAAGUGUUAUUUUCCAAUUCUUCCAUUUCUAACAUGGACUACAAUACACAGCAACUUGUUUACUGAUAAUGGUCUAAAGUUUCAGGACCAUCACCCUCCCCAUUAUAAUGUUACAAUGUUUUCAACAGAGGUGUUGAUAUACAAAAAGCCAGACUUCACCUUGGGGGCUAGGAGAAGAAAAAGAAAUUUAAAAGGUCAUUGUUUCAGAACUAAAGUCAGAGAUGACACCAUUUUCUGGGCUAAAACUCAAUGUAUUUUUUUUAAUCACAUAAUUUUCAAGCAUACAUAAAGAAAAGUGAAGGUUAAUAAUAAAUCUACAUGUACUCCUAUUCAGUCAACUUUAAUAAUUAUAAAAGAUUUACCAAUCUCAUUUAAAUUGAUUCCAUAACUUCUUUUCUGGAAUGUUUUAAAACAAAUCUCAGGUUCAUAUAAUUUUAAUUUGGUUCUUGUAAAAGAAACUAAAGUUACACAGAGGCAGAGGUCAAUCCACUAUGCUUCUUUAUCAUUUACUCCAAACCAGUAUUAAACACAUUCAGGUUGUAUCUCUACAGGUUUCAGCCCUUAGUCAUAAUUAAAAUGACUCUUUCUCUUCCUCCUCCUUUUCUAAAACUCUGAGCAGUUCUGGGCUUCCCAUAGAGCAUUCAGUAUUCUGGGCUUCCCAUAGAGUAUUCCCAUUGGUAUUACUUACAACCAGGUGAUUGUUGCAAGGUAAAGAGGAAUUUGGCCACUUUUAUGACUUCCACUUGGUCAGAAACAAUGGGUUAUGGUAAUAGGCAGUCAUAAUUCUAUCACCUCAUUUGAGAUGAGUUCAAUGAACCCAUCUUAUUUUCUAAGAAGAACAUUAAAAGCAAUCAGUCAUUCCACAUUGCUUGCAUUAUGGUUAAUUUUAUCUUUUUUGGGGGAAAGUUCAUGUAGACUUUAAGGCCAGUUGUCAACAAUUAAAAUUUCCUCAUCCCACCUACACCCUGUGAGAAUAAGGGAAAAAAUGUCUUUCCUCUUAUGAUGAGUGUUAGGGAAACUCCCAUGUUAUUAAUAUUAUGAAUCAUUUAACCAAGGGAUUUUCAGAAGAGUGAGGCCCCUAUGGAAAAACUUCCAGAAACUAGUCUUGCUACCCAAUGUCAAGGAUUCUGUGUUCUCCAUCUGCUAACAGAUACUUCCCUGUAAGUUUCAUUUUUCUGUUUUAGAAAACUCCACUCAAAAUGCAGUCCAGUCUCAUUUUAUAAUCAUUUUUUUCCCUCCAUUACUACAAUCUGGAGGAUAUAAUAAAUGGACCGAAGUAAAUAUCACAAAUCUAAGUCAUCCUGCUUAAAACAAAUUGCCUAAGGAAUGUAGGGAAGGCUUACCCAGAACUGUCUGGAUGAGACCUGGGACUUUAGGUAUAGCUCACACGUCUGGGUCAGAUUUUGGCACUUCCACGUUUCAGUACCCUCUGAGGUUUCUUCACUACAAUAUAUUGAAGAUGUGUGGCUGUUAACGGGUAUUUACUGUAAAAUGUAUAUGUGUACAUAUAUACCCACACUUGACAAAUAAUUUUUAAGUUUAUAUUAAAUAUACUAUAUUCUCUAAAAGGUACUUUGCCUUCCAUGUAGACUCCAAAGUGUUAUCCCUCAACCUUGUGUCCCUCUUUCUAAUUCCAAAUCCAUACCCAAAUGGCUAUGGGCCAAAGAGAAAUUAUGCUAAUUGCUAUGCAUUUUUCAAGCAUCUGCUUCAUGUGAGUACCUUCUCAAAAAGUCCUUUCAGAAAAAAAAAAAUACCAUGUUUACUUACCUUAGAUUAGACAGAAGCAAAUGGAUGUAGGUGAAUAGGGUAAGAUAAAGAUUCAUUAGCCUUCUGUAAGUAACAAUCAGUUCUGUAGUAGGUCAAGAAUUAGGAAAGGAAAAGGUAUGGUGUCUUAGUUAUAUACUCACUGCAUUCUCUUUGUUUUCUCAUCUUAUUGUGGACCAGAGAAGACAUCCUCUCAGACUGAGUAAAGGUUGGAACAUUUGCCCCUAGAAUUAAUAUUAGAUGCAUGAUGAUAUAAUGAAUGUUAGUUUCUGAAUAUAAAGGUCUUUAAUAAACAUUAAUUUAUGCCUUUAUAACAACAGAUUUCAAACUUUACUGUGAUUAAAAUGACUUAUGUAGCUCAUUUAAAUUACAGCUUCUUAGCUCUCAGAAAUUCUAAUUUAAUAAAGCUGAAAAGGGCUCAGUGACUAGCAUUAUGUUUUAACAAAUAUCUUUGGAGAUCUUGAUGCAAAAAAUCAGUAUCAUUUACUGUGAGAAAUAUUCUUCCACACCGUAUAAGCAUAUAAAAGAAACUUUAAUUAGUAUUUGAGAAGAGAAAAGAAAAGUAUAAUGACUAUGUAUCAUAUUCCACUAACUCAGAUGCACAAAUUAUUUCACUGUACCAAGUGCCCUUAGCUCUGGCAUACUGUGAAACACCUGGAUCUAAAAAAAUCUGAGUCCCUUAAAUCCAACACACAGCCUUUGACUCAUUCUUUCCCCCUGCAAAGACAAUUUUCUUGCUUGGUUUCUCUCUUAAACCCUCAGUACCUAAACCCUCAAAGAACUCAAAUUUUUGAGUGGAAGAAAAAGUAAUGUAGACUGGCUGCAAGCAAUUUUUGCUUUGCUUCUGAGGCAAUGAGGUCAAAGAUACAGCUUGAUAAAAAGGGAAGGAAUAAUAUUAACAAGAAUGAAAACACACAAAUUAAAUCAAUGAAUUAUCUUGCCACUUGAAUAAGACACCUGGUAUAGGUAUCUUUGAUCAUUUUAACAAUAUUCAUACCACUUACAAUUUUCAUUUGAUUUAUUUUUGAAAUUCUUUUUUCUAAUUAUGAAAGUAGUUCAUAAACAUUACAGAAGUUUACAAAAAUAUUGGAAAAUUAUAAAAUUAAAUAAAACAAGACAAAUCCAUCAAGCAGAAUUUAAUCUCAAAAAAGUUUUACAAGCUCCUUCUAAACAGCCCUAAAAUCUCUACACCAAAUACUUUAUUCCUUCAUUUCACAAGCAGAAUCCUGAAAUAGCUGUAGUUGAAGCAAUCACACAGCAAGGACUGGUAAGAAUAAACAUAACAUAAUGGAGUGUAGAAAAUAACUGCAGAGAUAUUAACUUGGUUUUACUCUUGCUUGAAAGGAUUCUGUUUACUGCAGGACACUGACAUGAGUGUCCAAUUGCACUGUGUGGCCCAUGUAGUGGAUAUCUGAGAUAGAUAACUGUUCGAUCUAACCUAAGCAAGUUACAGAAUUAUCUAUAUUUUUCUAUAUUAUAGAAAAAAACAUUUAUCUAAAUCUUCUAGCAGUUCCACACUCA